UGACCGCCAUGUUCAAUUUGUUCAUGACCAGUACGGUCAAACAUCUGAUUUGCAAAUGAUUUCAUUCCCGUUCGCGAUACGACGAGCAGAUGUCCAACGGAGAGCUGCACAUGCAAAUUAGAAAAAAAUUGACGUUUUCAAACAACGAGAAAUGCUUCACUCUCUUUGAAAAUGACGGACGAUAACGUCGAAAGUACAACGCUGAAAGCUGUUUUCAAAGUGCGGGGGAAAUUUUAUGAUGUAUUUCUUGACGGAGAAGAAAUUGUGUGGACUUUACAAGGCGCAUUGAAUACAGGUACUGUUUCAUCAAUGUAAACAGAGUGGCUUAUGUACCAGCAGAAAGAUUAGAACGCUAGCUAUAAUUCUGAUGCACAAACCAGCUGACAAACUAAACUUUAACUUAACGAAAUCGAAAGCUUAGUUUAGCUUAAGAGUCACUAGUACCGGUUUGUUGUAAGCUUUAGUGCAAUUUAUUAGAAUAAAUAUUCGUAAAUUUACUAUACUGUUUAAUGGACAGGGAUCUUUACAUGCAACUCUAUUUUUACAUCCUUGUACGUUCGAAAAUUUAUUUACAUCAGGCUUGAUUUAAUUAUUCAACGUAAACACGUUAUACUUGUAAGCUUUAAUUUCAUUUGCUUUCUGUAUAGUAAGUUCAUUUUAUCUACUCUGUUUAUUUCCAUGAAGAACACGGUGUACUCCUAGCUAGGGCGAAAUUCAGCUGAAACCAUGCACUAAAAUAAGACUGAAAUUCUUGAUGUUCAGUUCUUCCAAAAAAAUUAAUAUCAGUCUACACUGUACUUGUCUAAAAGCCAUCUUAAGUUUAUAUGACACCAAAUAAUAAAUUUUAUUGGAAUGUGUUCCCUCAGACUAGGCUAACAUGUAGAUAAAUUCUGCUUGAAUAUAUAGUGACUUGUUCUGCCUUGCAGCAAUGCUGGUACAGGUCGCUUAUUUUGCUUGAAAAAUAUGCUUGGGCCACUGAAUUCUGCUCAGUACAUGAAAAAUAUUUCAGCACUAAUUCAGGCCAUGUAUUUUUUGUAAAUAUGCAAGGGCCAAGUAUUAUUGGAUGAGUUUGAGUAUGAUAUAAAGAAUUAUGCAGGUUAAGGAGGAUCUGUACUGGAACGUGACAUGACCCUGAUGUCAAAAGAGGAAAAUUUACUUUUCUUUGUUUGUCCCCACCUGAAGACCUUGAAGGGACAAAUUUUUCUUGUUAGACACUGUUGAUACUUUCAUUUUGUGGUUGUGAAGCAAUUCAUUGAAUUAACAUUGCAUGAUCAUAAAUGCAAAAUAUGAGGAAGAAGAUGGUGCAGGAAAAAAUUUGAUAUUGAAACUGUCAACUAACAGUUGAUCAACUAGACCAUUUCAGACCUAUUGGUCUUCAUAUGGUUCAUGAAACAGCAAAUUAAUACCUCAGUUUAAUCGUAAAAUCUUGUUUCAUUCAAUGAAAAUUCUAUUGUGGCAUUGUCAAUAUUUUGAUGUACACUUUUCCUUGGUCAUGCACAACAGCUGAAACAGAUGGAGUGCGUCGUAAUUUUUCUGUCAAGAAUUCAAAAUUCUUUUGUAUUCUCCAUCCUAUUACUUAGCCUUUUUCAGGCUCUAAGAUAGUGGAAAAAACAGGUAAAGAAAGAUUGUACAAAAACGUGUGGAAGCUGGGGAGAAAUGGUCUAGUGGAGCCUGCAAGCAUUGUUUUCAAUACCUCAUUCAAGUAUACCAGCUCCUGAUAAGCCCUAUGAUUGGUCAGUUGUGACAGUUUUCUUCAACACAUACGCCAAUCAUUUGGCUUCGCCCGGAAGAGUGUAACAAACAUUUCGAGUAUAAUGUGCCUCAUAUGCAUGUGACACAAGAAACAGUUUUUCAGGAAGUGGGCAGGAUACUAGGCGGAUUGAGGUAUUUAAAAAGAUGCUUACAGGCUGACUCCCUGACGUGUUUCACUUGUUGGCUAUUUCACCGCUCACUUGCAUUUUUCUCUUGCCUGCACCAACUAAAAGCCUGGCACAGGCUACCUUUUAUGAACAUUUGUUUCUUUCCUGCCUCUCUCCAAUAAUAGAAACUCAAGUCUGCAACAUCUCCACAAGAUCUUUGAGGUUUGCAGAUCAUGUGAUUGGAGCAUGGAUAGCAAAACGGCGCUUACCCAAGAACCAAUCUAAUACUGGACAACUUGUUGGGUUCACUCUCUUUACUUUCGACAAAGCUGGCGGCAGGAAGCUGAAAGAAGAAAGAGUAACUUUUGAGUGUGAAGAUGAAAGUGUUUGCGAGGCUUGGAUUGGGAGAAUUAAUGAUAUUAUACGAAGUUAGUACACAAUAGUUGACCUUUUGCUAAUAUUUGGUUGGCCAGAAUGAGCUGCAGUACAGCUGUUCUAAAGAAGUUAUAAGUAAUUGAUUCAUAAACCCCUUGGAACCCUGGAGUGCAUAGUGCAGAUCCCGUUCAAAAUUCAUCAUCAUUUAUGUCCACCCAAGCCAUAACACUAGUUGAUUGCUUAUCUACUAAGGUGGAACGAGAAAGCUAGUAUCAAUCAAUGUUAACCUUCUUAUUCUCAUAUGACUGUUCUUAUCAGGUUUUCGCACCAGACCUCGUAAAUUGAAAGUUGUGAUCAACCCAAGAAGCAAAAAAGGCAAAGCCCGUCUGGUGUACUUACAACAAGUUGCACCUUUAUUUGAAAGAGCUGGCAUCAAGGCAGACAUUAUGAGUAAGUUAAAAGCAGGGAGGCUUUGAUUAUUUAGAAACCUUCAAGAGCAGGCGUAGUCUACCAUGAAAGUGUUUUUUUCUGGGGGGAUGUACUAACAAUUCCCUCAUGUGCAUGUGUCAUGCACCAGUCACAGGAGGCAGGGAAGGGGGCCGGGGAGGCAGGCCAGAAAACCGUUUUUUCUUCCCUAACCCUCCCUACCCCCCUACUUUGUCAUUUCACCUGAUGCUCUCCCUAUCAACCUUCUUUUCUGCUUUCACCAGUCUUUUUAAGAGUCUUUGGUGACCCCAAACAGGAAAGACUGAUCGUGAGUGUUGCUCAUACCAAAAAUGUGACUACCUGCAUUGUGCUGUAGGCUAGCGCAGGCUUGAUUGGAAAAUCCCUGAACUUUAAUUGGUCAAGUAGCUACAUAAUAUGUACACCCAGACAUAACAUUGUUUAAAGCUAGCUCAAUACAAUAUUCCACUGCUUUUGUUUCAAACUGUUGUUAAUAUUACUUCCUUGUCUGUAGUAUUGAAAUUGUAGAUAAGAUAAAAUAUUUAUUAUAAAAUAAAUGAAUAAAUAAAUAAUAUUGUUGUGUAUAAAUAAAGUUAAUGUACCUUCUUAAGUUAAAUGUAAACGGUUUGUCUGCUCAUUAAUGCGCUCUUAUUAAGAGAGAGUAAUUUCAAUGUUUUAAACACUGCUUUGUGUCAUCCAUGAUUUCACAUAAUUUACGCAUUAAGAAAAAGAAAAACUGUUUAUCAUGGUAAUUUUAAAUUAGCUCCACAAAGAAAAUUAAUAAUUUAUUGUACCAUCAUAGUUCUAUUUAAAUCUUAACACUUUAAGCCCUCUAAUAUCUAAAUAAUAACUGUAAAUGUAGAUGUGCAAGUGAUUGAAUUUAUGAAAAAUCUUUAAACUUUUAACUUAUGAUGCAUGAACUUGACUAUAAACUCUGUAGUGACACAAAGAGCAGGCCAUGCUUGGGAGUACUUUAGAACAGCUGAUAUUUCCACAUAUGAUGGGUAAGGAUAAUCAGAUUUGAUUUAACUUUGAACCAUUCCAUGCAUUUUCAGCGUGCAAAGAAAGUAGUGUCCGAUAGCCUGGGGCUAGUCGAUUUUGCUAUCGGGCUGGUGAAUUCUGUUUUUAACUUGCCCGACGGGCAAGUAAUGUUUUAUGAGGAAUUCGAAUAACAGAAGCACUGUGACAUCAAUUCUGCUUGUCAAAAAGUUUUUGGGGCUAGUUGAAAUGAUGUCUGGGCUAGUAAAUGCUAGCUUCAGCUUGCCCGAAUGGCAAGCUGUAAAAAUGAUUUUCUUUGCACCCUGAUUUUAUUUUAAAAAAGUGGUCUGUCUCUUAAAAUUAGAAUGGCAGGUAAUCUAGCAAAAUCUAAAGUUCUUUUUCAAUUUGAAACCCUUCAAAUUUUAAACUAAAAACCUAACUCAGUUGCUGCUAAUUCACUGUAUCAAAAACAAAUCUUUUUCAAUUUGAAACCCUUCAAAUUUUAAACUAAAAACCUAACUCAGGUACUACUAAUUCACUGAAUCAAAAACAUAAAAGUUAGAGCAUGCAACAUUCCAUAGGUGCAAUUAGAAGGGCUCUGAGCACAAUUUAUUAUUUCAUUUGUUAGGUAAAUCUCUUCACUGGUUGGAUCUGGGGGAACUGCCCACCUACCCCUCCCCUAAGUCGACAUUUUGCCCUAAGUGAUAAGCAAGUGUUGCUGUUGGCUUAGGGAAGGGGUAGGUGGACAGUUUCUCAGAAGCCUAAAUUGAUCCCUCUGGUUAACCCAGUAUACAACUUACUAGAAUUUGAUUCAGAAUUUCCUUUGCCCUUGCCUUGCCCUAAUAAUACUCAAAGGACACAGUGAAAAUUCGUUCUGGCCCUUGUAAUCUUGUUUAGAAGGUGGAUAGUGCUAUUGACUGGAAAGACCACCAUCCAGUGGAUAAUUUCUGUAUUACUUAUUUUGAUCAGGUUUAAAAGGUAUUUUGUUCAGUAUGGCUGCUAUUAAUAGCUUAUUUGGAAGCGCUUUUCCUGUUCUGGUUACAAUCCCUCUCAGAUAUAACCCCCACCCCAUUUCCCUGGCUUCUAUAAUGUGGCCCCAGCUUCUUUCAUAGGAAGAUAGAAGAAAAAUAGAACCAAAAGAAAUCCCUAGCUGUCUGAUUCCCUGUGUACUUUUUGUAUUUACCUGGCAACUUGAAAUCUUAGUGACAUCCCUGAUUUAUAGACCUUUAAAAGCCCUCCUUAAACCCCUUAAAAAGAUUAAAAUAAGUCUAGGGCUUAAAGGCAGCCCUUUUUCGGUUGCUACGCAUCAUUUUCACAUGCUGGCUGUCACGUUUUUAGGGUUGUGGUUGUUGGAGGUGAUGGCAUUGUCCAUGAAGUAGUGAAUGGAUUAUUAGAAAAGUCCCACAAGAAUGCUGGAAUAGAUCUGGUGGAUGGCAUUUUGCCAGAGAAAUUCACAGUUCUUCCUCUUAAUGUACCCAUUGGCAUCAUUCCUGCUGGUAUGUCAUUAAAAUUCUUUUGCCUUUCACCAUUAGCUCAUUAAAAGAUUUUCAAGUAACAAAACUGGUUUUACAAAUUAUUUUUCCUUUUAGAAAGCACUUUCAUGUGUAUAUGUCUAAUCAGGUCACGAUUCAGCCAAACCGGAAAAGUUGUUGGACAUAUAUGUUUAAAUUUUAAUUUCUUAUAACUAAUGAAAUCAUUGCUAACUACGAAAAUUUUCAGCGACAAAUAUUAAUGACCUUAGAUAUUUGAUCUAUCUGGUCAUCACGUCUAACGCCAGGUAGAAUAAUGCUUUAUUAUUCAGGCAAGUGGAGCAAUAAUUAUUAUUAUUAUUAUUAUUUUUUUCAAGGCUCAACAGAGGUUAUAGUUUAUUCUGCUCAAGGUAUCAAUGACCCUGUAACAUCUGCUAUGCACAUUAUUUUUGGUGAGUGUUCAUUCAUAACUUAGAGAAUGGACCCUUGGCCAUUAUUUUUGUGAUUUAGCCUUUUAAUAAUUUAAAAAACAAUUUCCUAUUUUAAGCUCCUAGCCUUGCAAAAUCCUCUCUACCCUCCUCUUAUUAGCCCUUUGUUUUAGCUGCCAAAUGUAAAAAGUGUCCAGUGUCUAUUUAGCCUCCACCCUUGUAAGUGAUUUUGAUAGCGAUGUUGAGAUACUUGAUAGGUGGCCUGUUUCAGGCAUUCAAAUAUUCCCUAGAUCUGUUUUUUUUGUUGCUCACUUUUCUUGGUGCCAUCCUCUCUACCGGAACAGAUGGAAUAUGGUUCCUAAAUUAUGGUUAAGUAGAAUGGAACAGUGUUGUGACAAUCCAUUCAUUCUUUCCCCCUUCCUCCCCAUUAAGUAAGACUCUCCUUUUAGAAAAUAAAGCCCCCAAUUCAGAAUCACUCAAAAAGCCUCAAAGUGACCUCGAUAGAGGAAGACUUAGUGUUCUAGUACUGCAACUUUAGUAUUCAAUUCCUACUCAUUUUUGUUUAAGGCCACACUAUUCCACUCGAUAUCUGCUCUUUGUGGAAUGAUGACAAACACAUCCGAUUUGCAUUUUCCCUUUCCUACGGAUUCUUGGGAGACGUUCUCAAAACUAGUGAGCAACAUCGCUGGAUGGGCCCCAAGCGUUACAAGUGGGGUGCCGCCCGAAGACUCUGGAAAUUAAGGUACAAUAACAAAAAAACAAAAUGUACAACCUUAUAAAUAAAAACUUAUACAUGUAGUAGGGUGCAAAGAAAGUCAGUUUUACAGCCUGCCCUUGGGCGAGCUGCAGCUACAUGUAGCAUGUAGUAGCCUACAAGUCAUUUCAACUAGCCCCAAAACCCUUUUUUAUUAGCAGAAUUGAUUACAAUCCUUCUGUAAAUUAAAUUUCCCCCAAAAAGACAGCACUUGCACGUUGGGCAAGUUAAGAACAAAAAUCAUUAGCCUGAUAGCAAAAUCCACUAGCCCCUGGCUAUAAGACAUGACUUUCUUUACAUGCUGCAUGUAGAUUAAUGAAAGGGGAUGUAUCUCUGCUUUCUGUAGCAUAAGGUACCUAGCAGAGUGAAUAUUUGCUAAAUGGGUUGUUGCCGUUUCCCCCUCCUAAAUGGGAUAUUGGUCCAUCACAAGAUUACCACAGGUCAUUGGGUGCCCUGUUUAGUUAGUGAAUGGGUACUGGUUACUUAUACAUGUGAAGUGUGUUUUAUUGUACUUGUUUCGUUCAUGUAGAUCAUACAAUGUUGAUUUCAGUUUUCUACCAAGUCCGCAUCCUGAACAUCACCCCAGAGAUCACACUAGAUGUAGAAUAGGGUGAGUUAUGUAAAUAAUAAUAAACACUUAAUGUCAGGUUCCAAGGGAAAUAGUUUUGUUUACCAGAGAGUCGCUUGUAGGUCUUUUUCUAGCCUGCAUAGCUGGCAGGAUAAGUGGCGACUUAUGUCACUUGUUUUUUGGCGGUGGAGUGGCGAGAAGUCGUGGAUCAAGUCAAAUUGAAAUCGGGGAAAAUCCCUCGUAGCUCCACUGCCAAUAAAGAACCCCAUGAAUUAAGAAAAUACCUCAUGCAAAACCAUUCUGCCAGCUAAGACGCAGGGUAUUAUUUUUUCUUGCCUUUAAAAGGCAAGUCAUUCUCUUCCAUUUCAUACCACAGUGUAUCCUUAAGUCAAUACUAAGUCUAACAGGUUUGUUUGUUUGUUUGUUUACUGAAGGUGUGGUGUUUGUAGUAAAGAGGACAACUGUGAAAGUAGCCAGUACCAAGGUAUGAGUGGCUCUCAAUCUCCAAGUCAUCUAGAACUAUACAUAUUAUUCUGUUUGAGUCGUGGUUUUACAGACCAAGCAAAACCUGCAAACUCGAUCGUUGAAUUAAAAAAAUUUCUGGUUUUAGUUAAAGAUAAGAUCCAAAGAAUCCACCAAUAGUCUUUUCCCCAGAUUUAGUAUUAUUAUUAUUAUUAUUAUUAUUAUUAUUAUUAUUAUUAUUUUAUCACUAUUAUUAUUAUUACUAUUAUCAUGAUGAUGAUGAUGAUGAUGAUGUUAGCAAGGCAACAAAAUUAAUACACUUUACUUUUUUUUUUUGACUUUUUCUUUGUAGAUGGGGUAACAUUUCAGGGAUCUGUCAUUGGAGUCAGCUUCUAUACUCUUCCUAAUUUGUGUGAGAUAGCUCCUGAAGGCUCAUCUCCAAGCUGUCAUCUGGGCGAUGGCUUCUCUGACCUUGUCGUUAUUAAACGCUGCUCAAGACUUCAGAUGAAUUCUCACAUACAGCGCAACUUUAACUCUAAAGAUCAGGUCAGAAUGAAAUAUGCCAAUUUGUCUCUCUGUCCCUCCCUCCCCCUUCCCUUUAUCGUCGCAGGUGCAUAAGGCAGCUACACAUUUCGGCACUUAGUACUGAGGGAAAAAUACGAGGAAAGGAAAGAAACCUACUUGGUGUGAUGUGUUCAAUCGGUGCUGUGAUAGUUAGUGACUUUGUAUAAUCCAAAUUAUUAUAGCUUAUUUUGUUGUCUAUUGUCAUCCUCAGUUUGCAUUUGACUUUGUUGAAUGCCAUCGCAUCAAGGAGUGUUAUGUGCAAGCACAAGACAAGUCUGGUGUCCCUGUGCAAGGUGCUGAUGGCCCUUUGUUGGAUAGUUACAGAGUAAGCCGCAAUCCUAAGGACAGAUCAGUUGGUAUAUGGAAUGUUGAUGGAGAACUACUUAGGCAGCCUUCUUUAUCACUCAGGUCAGUCCAGGUUGAAAAUAGCCUGCGUGGCAGGCAUUAAAAGGGGAAGGGAAAAUUUGGGGGCGCGAGGCAGGCAUUCCCCUCCUCCCUCCUCCCUCACGCGUGGUCUCGCGCCCUAAUUCCCUUCCCCUUCUCUUUCGAAUGCCUGCCAGGCAGGCCGGGUUGAAAACAGGUGCCAACCUCGUUCCCAGGGUUCUCUCCUACUUAUAGGAGAGAACCCUGGGAACUAGGUUGAACAGUUGCAUUCACUGCGAGCUACUUAGGUUAUUCUGUGGUGUGGUAUGUUUAUACAAGCUUAACUAACAACAACAAUAAUUGUUUUGUCUUACAUGUACUUACUCUAGAUAGAUAGUCCCCUUCAUUCUUGAAAGACCAACUUUCUUGCACUUCUUUUCCAGGUUAAUUUUUUUUUCUUCCAACUUUUCAUGAAGUUGCAUAAGACAUAGAAAUUUAAAUUUCGAACUUUGACGAGGUACUGAGAAUAUGCAUUUUAAUGUUAAGCCUCAUUGUUUAUUUGUUUACAUAUAUUUGAUGCUGAAGAUGACAUUUCAUUUUCGUUUGUUUUCAGGGUUCAUAGACAAAUCGUCACUGUAUUUGGAAGUGGCAUUGAGGACAUGUCUGAACAAAAAUGUUGCUUCCGCAAAUAACACCUGCAGUAAAACAACUCUUGAGACACAUUACUUGCCAGUGUACUAUAGUGGCUGAACAGAAUGGCCCUGAAGCCCUACAAACUAGGGCUACAUACUAUUUUGCUGUUUGCUAGCCUUGGACCAGGCUCCACAGUGGUGGAAAAAGGAAAAAAAGACAGGGUCAAAUAGGAAAAACAUCGGCGAGCGAAGCCAGCCCAGUGGUGUUCUGGGAAGGGGGAAACGGCUUUGCUCGCCGUUUUUUUUACUGUUUUCCCCCAAUGCGGAGGCUGGUCCCAGGCUAGCUGUUUGCUAGUAAUUUCUUUUCCGUUUUUCUCCUCGCCUAUUAGAAACAGAUAGCAGAGACCUUAGUAGGUCGCUCUAGACUCUCCUCCCUCCUGGCUGUUGUUUGUGUGGGCAUGCAACGCUCCUCCCCACUUUCCUUUGUUGGGAGGAGCGUAGUGCCGGGUGACGACACAAACCCCUAGACAUGAUUAACAAGAUUUGUCCGUCUCUACUAAAAUUGUGACAAAAUUUAAUAUUUUUCAAACUUUUGAAUUGGGAAGGAGGCCCAACUAAUAACAGCAGUUUUUUCAAAAAACAUCCUGCAUCAAUCA